AAUAAGAGGAAGUUCGCCUGCCCUGUGGCUUCACGAGAGACAGUGUCGGUUACUGUGAGGAGUGAGUCUGGGGACCUCAACUUGUCGUGUGUCACUGUGCUCGGAGGUUUGCUGCUCAGUCUCUGGACUCCUUCACCUGUCUCUUCCCACCAGGGAAUCCACAAAAUGAGGCUGAGGUUUCUCUGCAGCAGUCUGCCUGCUGGUUUGAUGUUCGCUUUCUUGGUUCUUCUACUUCGCCCUGUUUCCACACGUGAAAACAGAGAUCAUAUUUAUUUCUUGGAUAAAGGAGAGGAAGUUGUGUUAGAAGGACCGGUCAAUCCUGGGAAUGGCCCUGUUGUCUGGGAAUGGAAACCACACUCGGGGCAGGACAUCCAGCAGCUGGGGACUUUCAGCAGAUGGGGCCGGGGAUGGUGGAGAGAACAAUGGAAUAACGACUGGAGAAGGAGUGUCUGGUACCAGGAGCUGCGUGUGGAUGGUGGUACUGUUAAUCUGAGAAUUAAAAAACCCAAUUUUAAAAUUGCGGGAUUGUUCACUUUGACUCAAACGCAACCGACGAAGCAAAUCCUGAAACAAUAUGAAAUAUUUGGGAUCAAAGUCGAGGCAAGUCCACAGUGGUCUGUGGUGGGCAGUGACGUCACCCUCAGCUGUACCAUCUCCAGACUCCCAGAUACAGUCAGUCUUCAGUGGGAACGAAAGGACUCGUCCCAGCAGAACAGGAGGGGCACUGUUCAGAUCCGCCUGAAUAACACGGUCUAUCUGAUGGUCCAACAACUUACAGUGGAGGAUGGGAAGUUGUACGUCUGUCAAGUGCGGGAAAAUGGAGACAUUGUUCGCACAACAGAAGCAGAUUUUACUGUAGUUACAUCUCUAUAUGGGAAGUGUUACACCGUUUAUCGCUCCAGCACAGAUCACAGUGAACUCCACCUGGUCUGCUAUUAUGAUGGUUAUGAUUUCUUUCAUGCUGCGUGGACCUGGCGCUCACGUCAACAUCAGGACCAGGAGAAAGAAAUAGCGUCUGCCACAAAAUCUCAGCCCAUCAGUGUCAAAAGGGCCGACUUUGGGAAUCGACUUGUGACCUCGGUGAAUCACUUCAAUGGAAAGAACUUGAGUAUGAGGAUUGUCCCUGUUUUGUUUGAAGAUGCCGGAGUUUACAAAUGUUCUCUGGGCCCGUACACGUUUCUGACCAUUGAUCUAAUCACAGUGAAAGUCACAGCUGAACCAGCUGAUGCAGUGACCGAGGGAGACACAGUCACCCUGACCUGCUCUGUGUCUGACGUCACUGAACCAAUGAGACUGGUUUGGAUCAAUGGUGAUGGUAAAACUGUUGGAGAAAAGUCACUGAAUGGGGAAGAGAAAUCACUGAGUCUGAUUGUUCAGAAAGCUGACAGAGGAGGACGGAACUGGCGAUGUGGUUUGUUUCAGCAAAACAUGCUCCGGAUUGUGGUCCCGUACUACCAGGAGCCCAGUGGACGUGGGACUUCUGUUUACUUUGUCCACGAGGAAGGGAACUUUGUACUGAAAGGACCAGACAAUCCUGGAAAUGGCUCUAUUGACUUGGAAUGGAGGCCACACACAGGACAACAAACCGCAAAGCGAUUGGGCACUUUUCACAGAGAAGAUCAGCGGUGGGCUGUACAAUGGAGUGAUGAGUACAAUAAAAUGCCUGGGUUUUCCCAGAGGAUGCAUGCGGACUGGGGCACCCUUAAUGUGAGAAUCAGCAAGCCCACCUUUGAACUUGCAGGAUUGUUCACCUGGAAUCAGACACAGCUUACUGGGAAAAUCCUGAGACAGUGGGAAGUAUUUGGGAUCAAAGUUGAGGUGGACUCACAGAGACCUGUGGUGGGCAGUGACAUCACCCUCAGCUGCAACAUCUCCAGACUCCCAGAUACCGUCAGUCUUCACUGGAAACCAAGAGGCUCAUCUCAGCAGAACAGGAGCAACAACACCGAUCAGAUCCACCUGAAUAACACUGUCUAUCUAAUGGUCCAACACGUUGGAGCAGGAAACCCCAAUCUGUACAAAUGGGAAGUGCAGGAAAAUGGUUCCACUGUUCUCACUGGAGACAAAAGUGUUGAAGUGGAUCAAGAUUUACACAGUAAGACGUACACAGUUUAUCGGUCAGAUACAGAUCACAGUGAACUUGACCUGAUUUGUGAAGCUUCUGCUGAGGUCACUGAAGCCAAAUGGACUUGGAGGUCACAACGUUUUCAGAAUCAAGAGAGGGAAAUAGCUUCCACUCACAGAUCUGAGCUGAUCAAUGUCAACAAGAGCUACUUUGACAAUCGACUGGGAAGCACAGUGGGAAAUGUGAAUGGCAGGAAUUUCAGUGUGAGGAUUGUUCCUGUGCGGUUUGAAGAUGCCGGAGUUUACACGUGUUCUACGGGGUCGUAUAAACAUGUGACGAUUGAACUGAUCACAGUUAGAGUCACAGCUAAACCAUCUGAUGCAGUGACUGAGGGAGGCAAUGUUACCCUGACCUGCUCUGUGUCUGACGUCACUGAAUCAAUGAGACUGGUUUGGAUCAAUGGUGCUGGCAAAACUGUGGAAGAGAAAGUUUUCAUGGAACGGAAGAAUAAAGGAGAUUCUUGGCAGCUGAUUCUUCUGAAAGCUGAUGAAGGCCAAAGAAAAUGGACAUGUGGUUUGUUUCAUCAAAACAGACCCAAGAUUUUUAUUCCAUAUUAUCUCCAGGUGAACAAGGAUUACAGUUUUAAACACACCAGUGUUGUAAUUACUGGUGUGGCUCUUCUCCUCAUCAUUAUCCUGGUAACGGUGUUGUGUCUGAGGAAAUGCAAGUUUACAGGUUUGGAAAAUCGACAAGAACCUCCACAAACAAAGAGCAAUACAGAAGAUGAAUCUCACCUUUAUGCAAAUCCUGAUGAAAUCCAGCAGGUGCAAGGAAUUAAUGAGACAUCAAUGCCUGAGACCAACCAUAUUGCUGAACAUAUGUCUGUGAAUAAGAAGGCAAGGCAAGAAGACACAGAGGAAGAUAUUCAUUAUGGAUCUAUCUCCUUCCAGGAAAAUGCACCAGGGCACAGGCAUGGUACACUAUCCUCCAAUCGAGCGUCAGAUACUAACCCGACUUCUUCAUGGGAAGAUGAUUCAAUCGUCAUCUAUGCACAGAUAACAAAAACAAAUAAAUGAAUAAUCUGCAGAGAAUAGAAAGGAAGGACUUGGUGUUGGAUAUGUAGGAAGUUGAAUUUUUUGAAAUUGAUUUUUUUACUUUAGAAUUGCUAUGUACUUUCACCAAUGUUCUUGCCCUGAGUUAACAUAAUCAGGACAUCGUCAUAAUUCCUGACCUAGAAAUGAGAAUCAUUUCUCUGAAUACAAUUCCAACAUUUCUUUUCAGCCUCUGCAGAUGGUAUGUGAAAAGAAAGCAGCUACAUUAUGCAAGGUAGAUUAAAUGGUGCAGGCACAUUUGUUGCCAAUACAACUAGUAUUUCAGAACUUGUCAUGACAAACAAUAAUGAUUUAAAUAAAGUGUGACAGAGUUAAAGGGUUAAACACUAGUCCUACAUGGGACACAAGCCUAUUUAUACCAAAACCAGCCCUCGUGUGUACUUAUUUUAUUCAUUUACUGUAUGCUGGUGAAACAGAUAAAGCUGAUAUAUUUCGUCCAUCAACAACUGCAUGUGGGAGGUGGUGCUGAACUCCCUCCUUGAAUCGUUGAGGUCCUACUGGUGAGGGCACUCUCACUGCGUUGUUGGGUAAGAAGGUCCAUGAUUUUGACCCAAAGACAAUGAAAGAAUGGCAAUAUAUUUCCACAUUAGGAUCUUAUGUGACUUGGAGGGGAACCUGCAGGAGGGGAAGGUACCACAUGCCUCCAGCCCUUGGUGGUUGGUGCAGUAGCUGACAAAAGUGGCUUUACUGAGUAGUUGCAAUGCAAUUUGUAGAUGGAGCCAAUAAAGGUGAGGGGAGACCCCAUGACGAAUUGCCAAACUAACUGCUUGGGAAUCAAACAGAAUUUACAGGCAGAAAAUAGAGGAAGGUAUGCGUUCUGUAGGAGCAUGAACCAGUGUGUGUUCUGCAGAACAUGAUUUCCGGUAAACUGACAGCUCAGAGAGAGACUGUAUUUAAUUUAAAGAUCAACAUGAGAGCUUACCACUUCCCAAACACAGGCAUACAAUUCACAUGUAAAAAGUAUUUUUUUGUGGAAGAUAACAGAAGUAGAAUUCCCCUUGUGCCUGCAAAGGUCCUUCACUCUCAACAUUUUAAGUACUUGGAUCAUGUCCCCUUAUUCUCUUCUGGCGUAAAUGUCUGCAUCUGUCACUGCAUUUAACAGCAGAAGUGAAAAUUGGCUCAAAUCCUUCUUGUUUCAUGCAGCUGUUAGCAGAAGUGAAAAUUGGCUCAAAUCCUUCUUGU